GGCGAGAACGCGCAGAAGAAAGAGACUGUGACGCGAGUUAAGCGCGACGCCGGGAGCUGAAGGACGGCGACUGUGGAUUAUUAAUAUUAUUAUAUUAAUGUUUUGAGUGAGUGGAUCUAUAGUUCGCGAUUGAGGAUGAGCGUCGGUCUGCUGUCACGCGCACUGAGCGCGCUCUCUGUGUCGCGCGCCGCCUCGUCACCUCAGAUCGCGAGUGUGUCCGCGGCUCUGACUGGAAAUCGCAGCUUCAUGACGAGCGCGUGUGUGUGUCAGAACCGGAGCCUGUGGAAACAGAGAGAGAAGUACACCGUGCGACCGAUCGGCAUGAAGAAGACCGGGGGACGAGAUUACACAGGGAGGAUCGUGACUCACGGUAUCGGCGGCGGACACAAGCAGCGUUACCGUAUGAUCGACUUCCAGCGUCUGCGCUACGAGCCGGGCCGCGAGGACCAGCCCAUCGUGGAGAAGGUGGUGGAGGUGCGGUACGACCCCUGCAGAUCUGCUGACAUCGCGCUGGUCGCCGGCGGCAGCCGCAAGCGCUGGAUCAUCGCCACGGAGACCAUGGAGGCGGGAGACGUGAUCCGCUCGUCCAGCGCCAUCGGACGCAUGGCGGUUCUGGCCAAAGAGGGAGACUCGCACCCGCUCGGGGCUCUGCCCAUCGGCACACUCGUCAACAACCUGGAGCUGCGGCCCGGCAGAGGAGCUCAGUACAUCCGCGCUGCAGGUCCGACACACACACACACACACACACACACGCACACACACACACUGACUGUGACUCUGGUGUGCAGGGACCUGUGGGGUGUUGCUGAGGAAGGUCAACGGCACAGCCAUCGUCCAGCUGCCGUCCAAACACCAGAUCCAGGUGUUGGAGACGUGUGUGGCCACAGUGGGCCGAGUGUCGAACGUGGACCACAACAAGCGCAUCAUCGGGAAGGCGGGUCGGAACCGCUGGCUGGGCAUCCGGCCCUCGAGCGGCCGCUGGCAGAGGAAGGGCGGCUGGGCCGGGCGCAAGAUCAGACGCCUGCCACCCAUCAAGAGCUUCGUCACGCCCGCGCAAUAAACUGAGCGUCGCAAUAACA